AUGCAGUUCCUCUGGGGCUUUGGGCUCACACCGGCUGGGGCCUCCCUCUGCUCUUUCCUGUCCUCCCCCAGGGAAGAGGUGGCUUGCUCUGGCCUGGUGUGGGAGUCCGGACCUCAGCUCCAGUGCCGCUGCUAUAGGUCCUGCCCCGUGGCCUUCACUGACCUCCUGCUGCAGGUCGGGGGAGUCGGCCGCUUCCAGCAGAUCCAGAUUGUUCUGCUGACCCUGCUCAUGACCUUCAUGCAUAACACCCUGCAGAACCUCACGGCCGCCAUCCCCACCCACCACUGCCGCCCACCUGCCGACACCAACUUCAGCAUGGAGGCCUGGCUGCCCGGGACGGCCAGGGCGGCCGCAUCCUGUCUCCGCUUCACGUCCCCCCAGCGGGGACCGCCCUUUCCCAGUGGCACAGGGACCAACGGCACGGGGACCGCAGAGCCCUGCACCAAUGGCUGGAUCUCUGACCCCGGCACCUUCCCUUCCACCAUCGUGGCUGAGCUGAGGACCCCUGGAUCCCCUAACCCCCACGUCCAACCCUGUGACCCCAUCUUACCAUCCCCACACACAGACAUAGACGGUGUGAACCUGACCGGAGUGCGUCUGACUGUGGGAGGACCCUGGAAGAGACAGUUACUGCUGCUGGAGAUUGAUAUGGAAUGCUUACCUCUCAGAUUUAGGGCCCACCACCAACCAGGACGUUUCUGUGUAUCUUCAUUCAAGUUCUUAAAAAAGGCUCUGAUUGGCUCAGCGCGGCACACUGAUGCACAACUGUCAUUCAACGCAAGCUCAUCUGAGCAUGAAGAGUUCUUCAUCGAGUCUGCCCUCUGGUACUGCUCCUUGGGGAAACUGGACAUCACCCUGAAGGCCCUGCAGAGAGUGGCCCAGAUCGACAGGAAGCAGAGAGAAGGUGCCAAACUGAGUGUGGAGAUGCUCCAGAUGAGUCUGCAGAGGGGCCUGACCAUGGGCCAAGCCCAGCCUUUGAUGCUGCAACUGCUGCACAUGCCAGCUGUCCAGAAGCUCUUCUUCUGUCUCCUGCCACUAUGGCAGAGAGAUCUGAGCAUGAUGGCCGCCUUGGCCAACACAGGCAGCAUCCUGAGCCCGCUGGUGAGCACGACCUCAGAGGUUUACCCUUCCCUGCUUCUCUGCAUCUCUGGAGCAGCCCUUGUGGCUGCCUGUCCCAUCACUGUCCUCCUGCCGGAGACUCUGGGGCAGCCACUGCCCAACACAGUGCAGGACCUGGAGAGAAGGUGGAAAGAGAAACCCGGGCAGAAGCAGCAGGAGCAGCAGAUGGUCCCCCUCCAGCCUCCCGAGGACUGAGAAGGGGCAAAGCACGGACGGAGCCCCUGCAUCUCCUGCAGGUCCACACCCAGAGGAGGGGGAGAGGAACAGCAGCCAGGGGAGGACGGGAGGGACCCCUGCUUGACCUGUAAUUCCAGAGGACACUUCCCCUGGGCCUCCGCUCCUAGCCAGACCCACCCUCCCAUUUCACUGAAAGUAGCUACACACAACUUCUCCCAUUCUUUCCACCGUGGCCACUCCACAUCUGCUAACCCUUGGAGCAAAAAUUCACAUGGCAGAGUUCCCACUGCGUUGCAAUGGGAUUGGUGGCGUCUCUGCACACCAGGAUGCAGGUUCGAUCCCCAGCC